AGAAAGACCUCUAGAUCUAGAUCUAGGCGGAAGUAAAAUCAUGUCUAUGGAUCUAUUUAUAUGACCUAGUUUCUACUGUUGUGACAUUUCUGCCUAUUCAGGCUAUUCUUCUAGAUUCGAUCUCUAAAUUCCCUAAAUAUAGAUUAUCAUCUCUAGCCUUGGCAUUUUGGAUGAUAGCAGCAACCAUGAUGAAGAGACUGUCAUUUAAAUUUUGCUAAAAUGUGCUGAGACAUGGAGGCUGACAAUAAUACCCCCAUUUCCCGUAAGGACAAAGAGGUGAUUCCCUUAGAAGAGGAUGAUGGAGUGGUGUUUAGGGACAACAGAGAAAAUGUGAGGCACAGCCGAAGGCUGAAUUCUGAAAGGACACCCACUGCUGUAGUUAGUGAGGUGUUCGCAUUCCUUUCAAAUCCUUCCAUGGCAUUGGAAAAUUUGGAUAACUUGGACGGUGAAGACCAGCUGUGCGGAAAAGUACGCCCCAACAUUGAAAACCCUGUGAAAAAGUACCCAGAGGCUAGUACAGUUUGCAGCCGUAUUAUUAGCCGCAAAGAACAGGAUUCUGGGUUUGCUUCUCUUGAGCGCCACGCGAACGGAGACUUUAAAAAUAUGCCUUACAACGAUUUUGUAGCUGAAGGCGACGACGAAGACGCAGAUGCCGUGAACUCAAAAGCUUUUCCUGGCCAGAAGAAAAGCAGCUCGGACAGUUGUUUUGACGAGGCAGAGUUUGAUCAAAGUUAUAUAGUCACUGGCAGCAGUCUACAAAACGACAUGGAGUAUGAUGAACUUAACGAAUCCGAGUUGAGUCUGUGUGAAAGCGAAUCUGGCGGUGAAGACAAAACUAGACAGACUGAAAGCAGUCGUGUUGUGUAUUCUCAGGAAGACUCUAUUGAUUCAACAGCGGCUAGCAUAAACCACUUAGCUGAUGAUAGCUAUUCUCAUGUAAAUAAAGGACUCUCUGCCUCCCAGAAUCAAGGCAGAACUAAAAAACCUUUCAGUUGUAAAAUAGUUGAGAUGCCGGAGGGCUCUACGUGUGUGCCCUCAAAAACCUCAGAGCAUGAAGUCAUUACACUGAAUUUCAGUAAACAGGGUAACAAAUACGAGGGUCUCAAAAAUGCCCCUGUUGGCAGCAGCGUUGCUGAGGAGAGACCUAGAUAUUCUAGUCUUAUUGACAGUUACUAUGAUUUCAUCAAUGUCAUGCCAGAUGGUCAAGUGUCCGAUGACUUUGGGGAUGACUUUGACGGUAACACAGUAGAGAAUCUCCUGGAAUCCAUGGCAUUGAGUGAACAUGAUUAUGAGGAUGACAACAGCGUAACGGCUCCUCUCGAACCUUCCGCACCCAGUGAGCAGGAUUACGACCUCAUAGAUAUGCCUUUGCCCCAGGACAACUCUCCUGAACCGAGUGCUUCUGUUGUGAGUCCUGGUAGUUCUAAUGACAUUCCAGUAAAGGCUGAAGGUGAAAAUGGAUCAAUGACCAACGUAAUGAGAAGGUCAAAGCUAGAGAAGAAUCCGUCUGUUGAGCUAGCAAGCGAUGACUCAUCUGAUGAAGAUAUUGGAAUUUAUGCAGAAAGUUUCCGACGCUCUCACUGGAUUCGAGUUAGCCAAGAGGGAAAGCUCAGUCUUAAUGCCGAUAAUGCCAGCCCCUCUGCUACUUUGAAGUCUAACUCCAGCAUUAGUGAAGCAGUGGACCUGGAUGAAAGCCUGAGUCCAAAAGCCGAUGAAGUGUUUGCUGAUCCCUUGUCUUACCUGGCCAAGGGCAAGUUUCACAAACGGUCAGACUCCACAACCACCACCACAUCUGAGCGUGAGUUCAAGCGGCAUUAUGUUUCCCGGCGCAAAUGUCUCAUCCAGAGAGCCGACAGUCAACAGGAGUACCACCGUCUGUCGGCAAGAGUGUAUGACCAUGAUAAGAUGGUGGUGAUCGAGAGACAGAGGGCAAGUGAAGAUCUGGGCCUUCAUCUGCUGAACAGUCAUCCAGCGUACAUUACAUCCAUUGAUCCAGAUAGCCCUGCUGCUAGAGCUGGACUAGUGGAAGGGCAAAUCCUUGUGUCAGUCAAUGAUCAGAAUGUUCUAACCAUGGAUCACCAAGAGAUCAUUCAGCUCAUACAGACCAGUAAAGGUAACAUUUCUCUUGGAGUUGCUAACAGUGACUUCCAACCUGUACGUGACCUACAGGCGGCCAUCAUGUCGGGGUAUAUGCUAAAGCUGGGCAACUCUUCCUUCAUGAAGAUGUGGAAGAAGCGCUACUUCAUACUCCGGCAGGAUAACUGCUUGUACUACUACAAACAUGAACAGGAUACUGACCCACUCGGUGCUCUCCCCUUGUGUGGCUACACUAUCUCUCGCCACACGGACACUAGCCGAGAUUUCUGUUUCAAGGCCGAGAAAUAUGGAGCGAGGACGUACUACUUCAUGACUGACAGCAGAGAUCAAAUGACAGAGUGGGUUGGAGCUCUGACAGAAGCUGCGGCACGCUCAAAGAAAAGGAAAGAGUCUUUUCUCAGUGUCAGCAGCCACAAUGUCAGCCUUCCGGCGCUUGACAUCCGGCGACCAGAGUGCACUGGCUUUUUGGGCAAGUUAAGUCCCAGCCGAAGGCAUUGGCGCAAGAGAUACUGCAUACUGAAAGAUGCCUGUGUAUACUACUACAAAGAUGUGAACUCACUUAGUGCUUUGGGUGUAGCCCAUCUCCAUGGUUACAAGGUUGAUGUCGAGGCCAUUGCUCGUCGUAAAUACAGCUUCAGCCUACAGCCUCCUGAGAAAAAAAUGAGGGUUUUUAUUUUCAGUGCAGACAACGAAACAGAUAAGAAAAGGUGGGUGGAAUCAUUGAUCCACUCUAUCCAGCGAUGGGUGCUGGCAGAUGUUGACUGCUAAUUGUUGGCCUGCUGAAAAAGAUUCAUUGAAAAGUUUCUUCACUUGGAUUAAUGUCAUGUUUCUGAUGUUUUAAAGACUGAACUUGGCGUCCGCUUUAAAUAAACGUGUGUUUCAUUGUGUGUCACAUGAUGUUAGUGCGGCAUCUACUUUUAGACCUGAAAUAUUCAAAUUCCUUACAGAGAUCUUUGCUGUGUUUGGUUGUAGCUGGUACAUUUUCAUUUUUAAAUACACUUCUGCCAUUUGAAAACAGCUUUAUAAACAAUAUUGUCACAAUGAGAUGGAGCCACCUGGUCAUGUGGCAGGUGCUCUGGGCUGUCGUCUCAGUGGGCCAUGUCUGCCCCCAUCCCCUGCUGUUUAAUUGGAAGUUUAAACUAGGAUGUAAUAAUCUUCAGUUCUGAAGGUACAUCUGAAACAUGUCAAACUAAUUCACUACAGUUUACAAGAUAAAGAAUAGCUGUGAGUAGGCUACAGUAGACUGAGAAUAGACUAAGUUACACUAAAAAUGUAACAAAAUUGGCUAGACAAGUGAUAAUGAUAUUGGAACAGAGUGGCUUGGCUACUUUAAACUGAAAGAAAGGACACAUCAAAGUGUUAAUUUCUGCCAUUUUUCACACUGGUUUAGAAGUGUACAUUUUGUUUGUCAUAAGUUUUUAAUUCCCUUCAUGCUUUCAUUAUUUGUUGUUUUUUUUUUAUUGUUUUUUUUUGUUUGUUUUCGUAUUUCAAAAUGAAUUCAUUCUUAAAUACAGAUAGUCACUGAGCUAGUAUUUAUAGAUAUAACCCAUCAUAUCAUUCCUGGUGGUGUGGUGUUUGUGCCAGACUGUCAUUUUGAUGGUUACUGGUUCAAACGCAGCCUGCUACCAUUCCCUGCUAUUCAGCCAAAAGGGUUUGGACGAUAGACGUUUUGUUUCUAAAUCACAUUCGAAACGUAAAAGUCAAGUUAGGAUCAUACCUUUGAAUUAAAGAAUCUUGUUUGAUGCUGUAUGUACAUUGUAUGUAUAUAAUGGUUGUGAUCAGAUACUGUCAAUAUAAAACUGUGAAUUGAUAUGUUUAUAUAAAUAUCUAUCUAUCUACCUAUAUGUGUCCAGAUAUACAUAUUCAAACUCCAAAUGCUGAUAGGUAUUCAAUUAUGUAGCUGGUUGUGACCUUUCCCAAAUGCGUAUAUAUUUUUUAUUUAUAUUUUUUUUU